GAUGGCAGGAAGUGGUUUUCUGCUCAAUAGCGAAAGUAUUUAGAGUUCAAACUUCAUUUUACAGAAAUGGAGCUCAAGGAGGGAAAGAAGGUAAUUGUUAUUGUGUAUUUAUAUGAUGUAAGAAUAACCAUAAACAAUUGUUUUUGACCGAAAAGAUGUGCCUCAAUUCUGAACAUCUUUGUACUUGUAGCACAUUUUGGUACAUGCGCUUGUGACAUAACAUACACAGGAGCAUGGUGGAGGAAAAUAAACAUGGGGUCUGCUGUCUCGUGGACUGCAAGAGAAAAUAAGGAUCUGCUCAUUUAUGAGAAUUGUCAGCUUGGUUUAUUACACACUAGACUCCUGUCUGCAGUGUGUUUGUGUUUUACUUCCUGUUCCAGGUGUGAAGUUUUUGUCUUUCAGUGUUGCCGGUUUCUCUCAGAUGCACUGAAAAUGAGGGAUCUGCAUCAAGAGGAUUACAGAGCAGAGUCUCCAGGAUCCAGCUGUCUAUCUAUGAAGAGUGACUGGUCCAAAGCUCAGCCUCCAGUGUUCAACACUGAACCUGGACUCUCAGACACUAAAGGUCAACACCACAUACACAUCACAUCAUCUGCAGAAUCUAGCUGUGUGUCUGCGAAGAGUGACUGGUCCAAAGAGCAUAAUCCAAACUUCAGUGAUGAACCCGCCACCUUAGACAAACAAGAGAAGAGUUAUGUUAGUGUGGAGGAGCAACUAUCCUACUGUGCUUUGUGUCAGGACAUCCUGAAGCAUCCAGUCUCUACCAAUUGUAGACACUGGUUCUGCAGACAAGGGAGAGACUCCUUGUGUCCACAGUAUGGAUGCAAGUCCAAAGUGCAGACCGCCAGUCAGAGAGGUUGUGCUCAAACAGAUGUUGGCCUGCAAGAGGUUUUAGAUGAACAUAAGAUCAGUCUAAGGAGGAGAUGUGAACAUGUGACUGAAGGAAGUGAUGAAACAGGAAGUGGGACUCUGCUCAACAGGAUCUACACUGAGCUUUACAUCACAGAGGAACAGAGUGAAGAAGUUCAUACCCAACAUGAGGUGAGGCAGCUGGAGACAGCUUCCAAGACCAUCCAUGACACUCCAAUCAGGUGCCAGGACAUCUUUAAAGCUUUAGCUGACCAACAGAGACCCAUCAGAGUGGUUCUGACAAAUGGCAUUGCCGGCAUUGGAAAAACAUUCUCAGUGCAGAAGUUCACUCUGGACUGGGCAGAAGGUUUGGAAAACCAACAUGUCAGUGUAGUGAUUCUGCUUUCAUUCAGGGAACUGAACCUGAUCAGAGAUGAGCAGUACAGUCUUCUGGAGCUGCUCCAUGUUUUCCAUCCAACAUUACAGAAGGUCACAGCAGAGCAGCUCGCUGUCUGUAAACUUUUGUUCAUCUUUGAUGGCCUGGAUGAAAGCAGACUUUCAUUGGAUUUCACCAACAGGAAGCUCGUGUCUGAUGUCACACAGAAGUCAUCAGUCAGCGAGCUGCUGACAAACCUCAUCGAGGGGAAUCUGCUUUCUUCUGCUUUCAUCUGGAUAACUUCCCGACCUGCAGCAGCCAAUCAGAUCCCUCCGAUAUGUGUGGACCGGGUGACAGAAGUACGAGGCUUCACUGACGCCCAGAAGGAGGAGUACUUCAUGAGCAGAUUCAGUGAUGAAGAGCUGUCCAGCAGAAUCAUCUCACACAUGAAGACAUCCAGGAGCCUCCACAUCAUGUGUAGAAUCCCAGUCUUCUGCUGGAUCACUGCUACAGUUCUGGAGCACAUGUUGACUACAGAGCAGAGAGGAGAGCUGCCCAAGACCCUGACUGACAUGUACUCACACUUCCUGCUGGUCCAGACAAAGAGAAAGAAGCACAAAUACCAUGAGGGACAUGAGACAAGUCCACAGGAGCUGAUGGAGGCUGACAGGGAAGUUCUCCUGAAGCUGGGGAGGCUGGCCUUUGAACAUCUUGAGAAAGGAAACAUCCUAUUUUACCAAGAAGACCUGGAGCAGUGUGGUCUGGAUGUCACAGAGGCCUCAGUGUACUCAGGAGUUUGUACAGAGAUCUUCAAAAGAGAGUGUGUGAUCUUCCAGAAACCAGUCUACUGCUUUGUUCAUCUGAGCAUCCAGGAGUUUCUGGCUGCUGUCUACAUGUUCCACUGUUACAGCAACAGGAAGGAAGAGGAGCUGGAGAAGUUUCUGAGAAAUGAUUUUCCUGAUUUAUUUACCAAUGAUUUUGAUGAUGGCAUGGCCAUCUAUUUUCAAGAGGACUUUCUGUCCACUGUCAUGCAGAAAUCUCUCCAAAGUAAGAAUGGCCACCUGGACCUAUUUGUCCGCUUUAUUCAUGGCCUGUCACUAGACUACAACCAGAGACUCUUAGGAGGUCUGCUCAAUAAGACAGAGUACAGUCCAGAAAUCAUCCAGAGAGUCAUCAAUAAUCUGAAGAAGAUGAAGAGUGGUAAAAUCUCUCCUGAUAGAAGUAUCAACAUCUUUCAUUGUUUGAUGGAGAUGAAUGACCUCUCAGUACAUCAGGAGAUCCAAGAGUUCCUGAAGUCAGAAAACAGAUCAGAGAAGGAACUCUCUGACAUCCAUUGCUCAGCUCUGGCCUACAUGUUGCAGAUGUCAGAGGAGGUUCUGGAUGACCUAGACCUGAAUAAGUAUAACACAUCAGAGGAGGGACGGCGAAGACUUAUUCCAGCUGUAAGGAACUGCAGAAAGGCACGGCUUUCUAGCUGUGAACUCUCAGAAAGUCACUGUGAAAUUGUCGCAUCAGCUCUGAAGUCCAGUCCCUCCCAUCUGACAGAACUGGACCUGAGUGGAGCCAAACUCCCUGAUUCAGCUUUGAAGCAGCUGUUUACUGGUCUAGAGAGUGCAAACUGUAGGCUGGAGACUCUAAGUUUAUGGGAUUGCAGUUUGUCAGACAUCAGCUGUGCUGCUCUGGUGUCUGCUCUCAAGUCCAACCCCUCCCAUCUGAAAUAUUUGGACUUGAGUCUCAACAAACUGCAAGAUUCAGGAGUGAAACACCUAUGUGAUUUUCUUCAGAGUCCACACUGCAGAUUGGAGACUCUGAGAUUGUAUCGUUGCGAUUUGUCAGUGAUCAGCUGUGCUGCUCUGGUGUCUGCUCUCACGUCCAACCCCUUUCAUAUGAAACAUCUUGACCUGAGCUACAACAAGUUGCAGAAUUCAGAUGUGCAGCACCUGUUUGAGCUUCUGAAGAGUCCACAAUGUAGACUGGAUCUUAGGAUCUGAGAGUGAAGUCAUUUUGGUAAACAAGACAGCGUGUGUGCCAAGAGAGGAUAAGCUGUGUCUUGAUGAUGUUGAAGUAGCAAUGUUCUGACUGGGCCAUGUUACUGGGAGGUUGAGUGGAAAGCAGAGCUUCAUCCAGCAGUGACUGACAGAGGAGUCAUCACCUCACAGAAGCUGUUUCUUUCAGGUGAAGAUAGAUAAUCCAUCACUAAAGUGUUUCAGGAGUCUCAGAGGUUUAUUUCCACUGUGGACUUGAAUGACAUCUGCAGGUUUGAGGCUAAAAAUCUCUGCAAGUGUGAGCUUCCAGCUCACCAAGUUCAGUCCAACAUGUUGAUAUGAGAGCUGAAAGGAAGCUGGCUACACUACACAGCUCCUCCCCGACUCCUCUCCUGUUCUCUGUACUGGAUGUGCUGUCUUACUGACUGACGGCUGAUGAAGAGUCCCCAUGGAAACACUUGAUUCACAUAUCAGUUCUGUUAUAGUGGAAGGACUCAUUCUGCAGUGUCUGACAGAUGAAUGAGACGAUGUGCAGAUGAUUGUCAGUGCUGCAAAGCGAACUGCUCUGUGAACAACUCCACUGUCAGACAUUAUGUAGAGUGCAGCAUCACCCCUGUGUGUCCCUCUGGAUGAUUAGUGUAUUUGAACUGUUCUGUCCUUCUACACACAGCGAGUCCUGUGUUUCACACUCACACACCUCCCCAAUCUGUAUUUUAUUUCAUCCUUUUAUUCACACAUAUUCUGCAGCCAGAAUUGCAGAAACUCGAAACUACAGAUCAGAAACUACAGAUCAUGUCUGCUUAGGACAUUUACACAACAGCAUUUACAGCCAUGUAUACAGUGGAGAGGCAGCUUAGUUGGCUGUCAACUAGUGCAAAGUGUGUGCUUAUCACUAUGGUUCUUUAUGUUGUAGUGUCACCCUGUGGCAUGAUGGAGAACUGCAGUUAAUGUUCUCUUUAUAUCUCAUGUGGGCACCCUGCAUGUGCAAUGACCAUUCUUUAAUCAGGACAGGGUUAUAUUUGUGUCCCCCUAUGACAAACUUGAAAUAAUGUGUACAAGAAAAAAUUAGAAUCAGUGAUUAGACUAAAUUAAAAAAAAUGAAGGAGUAUACAAGCAAAACUUCAUGAAUAUGAAAUAUAUUAAUGUUAGUGUUGUAAUAUCACCUGUGAGGAUGUAUAGGGAUUCAAAUGUGGUGCAUUUAGGUACGUAUGGUUGUGAUAGUGAGCACUGUCUGAUGAGAGAGGUCUAUGCCCAUAUGCACGCCCACUGUACAUAUUACGGUUGCUGUACUGCAGUAACUUUAAAAAGGAUGGAUAAAACAGACUGAUGGAGGACAAAGGAAGAAGAAACUUUUCAGCACUUGCAGUAAAUGAAGUUCAGUGACUAGAAGAAAAAAAAACGGGGUCUGCUGGAGUGGUGGAAUGGCAGAGAAGGACAGGGGGAAACUUAAUAAACUGGUCAAGAGGGCCAGCUCUGUCCUGGACUGUCCGCUUUAGUCCAUUGAGCAGGUUGGGGAGGAGAGCAUGUUAUCUAAGCUAACAUCCAUCAUAGACAACACCUCCCACCCCCUGCAUGACACUGUUUGAGCACUGAGCAGCUCAUUCAGCAAUAGACUUUUACACCCACAGUUUAGGAAAGAGCGCUACCACAGGUCAUUCUUACCAGUAGCUGUUAGACUCUAUAACACAGUUUAACAUGGUUAUUUUACUCAUCACUGGUUUAAUUGACAUAUCAUAUGUUUUUAAUUGCUGCUACUCAUUUGCAUCUUGUUUGCACACUGUAUAUUUCACCAGGAGUAUUCAUACAUCCCCACACACACUUGUGUACAUAUCACUGUAGAUUUUAUACAUAUCUCUGUACAUUUUUAUUUAUGCAUACGAAUUUCGGUUGCUUAUAUAUAUAAGACUACUUUAUGUCUAUAUUGCUCUUGCUAUAAGAGAUAAUAAAGGUUUAUUCUAUUCUG